AUGGGCAACGACGGCGGCAGCAUCCCCAAACGCCGCGAACUCGUCAAAGAAGCCGCCCGCGCCCGCACAACCGCCGAAGUGAAAGAGACCCAGCACUCGCAGCAAGAAUACUACUGGAGCACGGAUCCGAUUUCGCGCCUGCCGCUCUCCGCGCCCGUCGUCUCCGACUGCGCCGGCAAGCUGUACAACAAGGACACGAUUCUGGAGUUUCUGGUCGAGGGACGGCGAGCGGAGGAGGCGGAGGUGGAGACGCGGGGGGCGGUGAGGAGUUUGCGGGAUGUGGUUGAGGUGCGGUUUGAGGGUGCUUCUUCUACUGAUGGCGAGGCGACGACGAAAUGGAAGUGUCCCGUCACCGGCGAUCGAUUGGGUGCUGGGUCGAAGGCUGUGUAUCUGAUUCCGUGCGGGCACGCGUUCUCCUCUGCCGCUAUUAAGGAGGUCUUCUCGGGCGACAAGUGCAUUGUGUGCGACGCGGCGUAUGCGGCGAAUGAUGUUAUUCCUAUUCUGCCGACGGCGGAGCUGGAUGUUGCUAGGCUGUCAUUGAGAGCGAAGACGUUGAAGGAGAAUGGGUUGUCGCAUUCUCUGAAGAAGGCUGGAGGGGGUGGCAAGAAGCGGAAGAAGAGGGAGGAGGAUGGCGCUGCUGUGGCGGAGGACGAGAAGAAGAUUGGUGCGACGAACGGUCACUUAUCACGAACUUCAACACCCGUCAACGGCGCACAGACGAAAGCCGAGAUAGCGCCCACGACGGGGGGCAUCAAAGACGCAGCGACGGCCUCGCUCGCGGCGAAAGUGAUUGCCGAGCAGGGACAGGCAAAGAAGCGCAAAACGGACAACGAGAAUCUGCGCAGUCUAUUCUCGGACAAGUCGGCGGCUGCGGGCAAGAAUGUGGAUUUCAUGACGAGGGGCUUCAGCAUACCGGCUAACGCGAAGCGGUGA